UAGAAGUAUUGGGUUGUUCCAAAGACUGACAGAUUUAGCUGUGAGGAUGUCUGCGUUUAUACUUUUAAUACUGCUGUUUGGUAUGUCUGCCGGUGAUACAGCUACAAUGUGUACUCCUCCUCCGUCCGAUAUUGUCUUCAUCUUGGAUUCGUCCUCCAGUAUCUGGCCGGAGGAUUUCGUUCGAGAACUUCAGUUUGUGGAAAACAUUGCGAACACAUUUGACAUAGGACUCCAGGAAAAUCAAACACGAAUCGGGAUUUUAUCUUUUAGUCACAAAUUGAAGAUUGAACUUCAUUUAAAAGACAGCCACAACAAGCCUGACGUCAUAUCCGCCAUACGACGCGUGCGCCACCUUACUGGAGGUAGUAGUACGGCAAAGGCGCUCUGGGCAGUGAAAACGCGCAUGUUCCUUCGCAAAAACGGCGCCAGAGACAAAGUGAGGAAAAUCGCCGUUGUAAUCACAGAUGGUAUGAGCCACAGUAAAUCUGCGACAAAAAAGGCUGCCGAGACAGUCCGAGACUUCGGUGUAACCAUCUUUGCAGUAGGUGUCGGACGGGACACCAUAGAGGCGGAACUACAAAGCAUUGCAAGUGAACCUGCCGCAAACUUCGUCUUCCUUGUCCACGGGUUCCAGCUGUUACCGAAAAUACAGAAAAGCUUGUUAUAUCAGGCGUGCAAUGUGACUCUUCACCUUGACCAGCAUAUCACAGACUCGCCUAUUCCUGGGGACACGUUACAAGCGGACAGUACCAACGUCAUUGAUAAUUGCGGCGGUAAACCGGCAGAUGUUUAUUUUCUCCUCGACUCAUCAAGUAGUAUCCGGAAAUCAGACAACCAGAAACAGAUCGAAUUUGUCAAGGAUGUGGUCGCCAUGUUCGACAUCGGGGAAAACAAAACACGUAUUGGAAUUUCGACAUUUAGUCAUAGAUAUAAACAGGAAUUCAGCUUCCAAUCUCAUUACAACAAAAACGAUCUGCUCGAUGCAAUCAACAAAAUAUCGUACCUGAGAGGCGGAACUGAUACUGCGUCAGCAUUACGUAACAUCCGGCUUCAAGUGUUCACACCAGGUGUCGCUCGUCAAUAUGUGGCUCAUGUGUUGGUGGUCAUCACGGAUGGUUAUUCGAGAUCUCCAAAGUCUACUGAGGUCGAGGCUGCCCUGCUCCAUCAAAUGGGUGUUCACGUGUUCGCCAUUGGUGUAACAGAGGACGUCGACGUCAAAGAACUGAAACAUAUUGCAAGUGAUCCAGGGAAUGAUGUUCAGAGUUUCAUAUUCACCGUGUCCAACUUUGAUGCCCUGGAGACUAUCAAAGAUGUGCUGGCGAUUCGGGCUUGCAACGUGGUGGACCUCGAAUCAGUUUGCACAAAGGACAACGACACUGACGCUAUUUUUCUGCUAGAUGUUGCAUCUCUUGGUUCCAAGGUCUCCCUUGGUAUCAUUGAACGUAUCAACUCUGUGACCUUGAACGUACAACUCAAGACCAAUUUACAAUUCGGGUUUUUUGUCAGUCAAUGUUCUAACAUCCAAGACAAGGAGCUGUCCUCUGGUUCAACAGUGACGAAACAAACAUCUAGAUAUUCUGGAUUCGUAGGGCUGGUUAAAAAGGCCAGACGGACAGGAUUCUCAGUUGGACAUGGAGGACGACCGAAGGCAAGGCAGAUUUUGUUUGCGUUUCUCGACACCGCGCUCACACCGGAAGCAGAAAUUGAAAUAAAGAUGGCGCGCGAGAUCGGAAUCGAUUUCAUCUUUAUUGUCAUUGGAGAUGAAACAGAUACCAAACGUGUAAAGCCUUACGUGAAAGGAGAGCAGUAUAUCUUAAAGUAUGAUACAAACCGGCCCGGACUGUUUGAAGAGUCUAUUGGUGACAUGUUAUGCAAGGGAAUAUAAAACACCUCGCAAUCUUGGUGUCAACACGUUAUUAUGAUUAGUUUGUAUCAACUAGCGUAAAAGCUGAAGGGGGAAAAAUAUUAUCUUUUGUAUGUUACUUAUUUUGAAUCGGGAUAAUCAUGAUAUUUUUUGUUUAUCUGGACCAAGGAACUUGAAGUAGGGACUGACAUGCAUUUCUCCUGAAGUUUUCGAGAGGACGGUCUUUGUGUGUCAGCUAACUGAUAGUGUAUGUCUAACGUGUGCUCUCGAGGAGACAUUCCAGCAACAGUUUGACGAUUGAAAUGUUAGUUCAAUCAGUUCAAUGUUUUUGAACGUUCUGUAUGUUAUCAUGUUUCAACAAAGUACACAAUAGUAUAAUUAUGAGGUUUAUCUAGUGGGGAUAGUGACAAAAACUGUUAUAGAAUGCGACCGACAUCCCUUUAAAUUCAAAGGAAGCGAAAGUUCGAUAUCGAUAUCAGGGAAACAAAAUACAACGAUUUGUCGAAGUACAGAGGUACGAUUACUGAAGUAAGUAUACUGCAAAACUAAAGUACCAAUGCCCUGUAGACAACCUGAUCUAUAUUGUGUGUGGUCGGUUUAGACGACAUGUUUUCUUAAUUCAGGAGCGUUCUGAAAUACGCAACAUAUUCAUUAACAGUAAGCAUUAAUCUAGGUGUUUGUAUAGGGUUUAUGAUGAGUCGCAGUAAUCCGAAAACAAUAAAACCUAUUAGUAUAUAUACUUUGUAUUUUUUUUUUUUAAACUACUACGGUUUGGCAUUUUCAUGUUCAAUUCCAGCGGACAUUCAUUAAUGGAAACGCUUGCUAAUCAAGACAAUCAAAAAAACAGACGCUUGCUAAUCCGGACACUCAUUAAUACGGACGCUUGCUAAUCCGGACAAUCAUUAAUACAAACUCUUGCUAAUUAUUCGACUUUUUUUUUCAUACGGACGCUUGCUAAUCCGGACAUUUAUACAUAUGGACGCUUGCUUAUCCGGAUACUCAUUUAUACGGCGCUUGCCGAUUAUACACUCAUUAAUAUGGACGCUCACUUAUCUGGACACUCAUUAAUACGGACUCUUGCCAAUUCGGACAAUCAUUAAUGCAAACUCUUGUUAAUUUGGACAUUUGUUUUCAUACUGACGCUUAUUUAUUCGGACAUUUUAACAUAGGGACGCUUGCUUAUCGGGAGAUUCAUAUUUCGGACGCUUGCUAAUCCGGACGAUCAUUAACAUACUGACGCUUGCUAAUCCGGACAUUUAUUUCCAGGGACACUUGCUAACCGGAGAUUCAUUAUUACGGACGCUUGCUUAUCCGGACACUCAUUAAUAUGGACGCGCGCUAACCUUGACACUCAUUAAUAUGGACGCUUGCUAAUCCGGGCACAUAUUAAUAUAGACGCUCGCUAAUCUUGACACUCAUUUAUACGGACGCUCGCUAAUCCGAACAAUCAUUAAUAUGGACGCUUGCUGAUCCGGAAACUCAUUUAUAUUAUAUUUACGUAUUUUUUGAAGUCAAUCACUUUACGUCAGUCAUAAUUCAGAGAUGCGAAGUUUGUGAACAAUUUGUUAUUCCGAAAUGAAUUUAUUCCUAUCUAUAUAUUUUAUAAAGUUUCAUUAUUUCAAUGAUGCAUUUAAUAUCUCUGAUACAUUAAGUAUUCUAUGUUAUGCGGGGAAGGGAAGUCGGGAGGUGGUAUACCGUGAUAUUCAGGUUGUCUGUAUGUCCGUCUAUCUGUCCUUACCAUUCUUCCUUAAAAGGUGUAAAUGUACUGACUGUAGCGAAACUACAAAAGUGUGUUAUUAUGGUAUGUUGUAUUGUGGAGGGGUAUUUGCUACUAUCAUAGUAUAUAAGGGUCACGCAGGGGUCAUAUACGAAACUUCUGGAAAUAAGAUAACAUUUCUGACUCAUAUCAAAAGUGAAAACAUACAUUUAGGGCUCAGCAGGCGUUAUUAAACUUCAAUGAUUUAUUUUUCGGUUCCUUUUUGCCAUCCAAUGAAUUUAUUUUAUGAAGCUUGAAAAACCGAGUAUUCGUACUGUACUGCCCACUGAUAAUUCUAGUCGUUCGUGUGUAUCGUUCUUGUUUACUUGCUUGUAUCCAACAACUAAAUUACCACAAUAUGUUGUGUGUAUAGAUCUGUUUGUAAAACUGAUGUAAAUAUUUACCUGCGUUAUUUCAUGUCAGCUAGAAUAAA